AUGGCUGUUGUGGAGCCUGAUUAUAAAAUAUGUAGAGAUCAAGCAAUGAAAAAAAGACUACAUGCAUUGAAGUCAAACGUUGAGGACAAAAUAAAAAAUGAAUUGCAAAAUGUGAAAAGUGUAGUUUGCACCACAGACGGUUGGUCUUCAAUAGCUCAAAACUCAUAUAUAUCGUUAACUGCUCACAUAAUCGAUAACCAAUGGUCACCAAAGUCAUUUACUUUAGCCACACAAGAAAUGACAGAACGUCACACAGCAGUAGGUCUAGCCGAAAAUUUAACUUGUAUUUUUGAAAAUUGGGAAAUUAAUGGUAAAGUCAGUACUGUAAUUACAGAUAACGCAAAAAAUAUAGUAAAUGCUGUAAAAUUACUAAAUAUUACAAUAGACAAUGAAAAUAUGGAUGUGACAUGUGCAGCUCACAGUUUACAAUUAGCCAUUAAUGUUGCAAUAAAACAAGAAAUAUUUACAGAUAUAAUAAAACAGUGUAGUGCUGUAGUUGGACAUUUCAAACACUCGAAUGUAGCCAAACAGUCAUUAUUCAACAAACAAGAACAGCUAGGACUUCUGCAUCAAUCAUUAGUGCAAUGCUGUAAGACACGAUGGAACUCAGUAUAUUUAAUGUUAGACCGCCUUUUAAAAAACAGAAGUCCAGUUUCAAAUGUAUUGGCAGAUAGAACAGUCACGUAUUUUUACAUUGCGCAAAAAUUAGAAAUAACUGAAUCCCAAUGGAUAAAAAUAGAAAAUCUCAUAAGUCUCCUCAAGCCG